AUCAAUAUAUGCAUGAAACGAUAACUGUGAAUGGUUGUCCCGAAUUCCGUGCAAGGGCCACAGCAAAGGCAACAGUUGCAGCUUUUGCAGCUAGCGAAGGCCACUCCCACCCUCGGGUAGUCGAACUGCCAAAGACUGAUGAGGGCCUUGGUUUUAACGUGAUGGGAGGAAAGGAGCAGAAUUCCCCCAUUUAUAUCUCUCGCAUAAUUCCUGGAGGGGUAGCUGAGAGACACGGAGGCCUCAAAAGAGGAGACCAGCUGCUGUCAGUGAACGGAGUGAGUGUGGAAGGAGAACACCAUGAGAAAGCUGUGGAACUACUCAAGGCUGCUAAGGACAGUGUCAAGCUGGUGGUCCGAUACACCCCAAAAGUUCUGGAAGAAAUGGAAGCUCGCUUUGAAAAACUACGAACAGCCCGGCGUCGGCAGCAGCAACAAUUGCUAAUUCAGCAGCAGCAACAGCAGCAGCAGCAACAAGCACAGCAAAACCACAUGUCAUAGGUCCUUGAGGAAAAGCUACUUGAUCAAACAUCUGAUAGUCACAAAUUUGAAACCGUGCUUCAGAAUCCCAGCACAUAGUAAAAGAAAAUACAGCACUGAUAAUAUACCUGUCAAGAAGCUGUGAACACAUGGUGUAUAAAUUCUUUACCAAGGCAACUGGACACCUUCUUUCUCUGGUCUUGAACCCCCACUGCUCACGUGCUCACUACACACAUCGACCUCCCAUUCACCGCAGUGGGAAUUCUCAGUGUGCAGAGGGAGAGGUUUCCUAGUCUGCAGACUGAAACAGUAUGAGAAGAAUAAAGUCUGUGACUUUUAAAUAAAUCAUCAGGGCCAGGAUUAAGUGAAUCUUCGGUCCAUAACUCUUCCAGAGAUUAGCUAACCCCUCAUUAGGCUAUAAUUCAAACUGCAUCAGUUCAAGGUUGUUGCCACUUGAAAGAAACCAACACAUUGCCCCAACCCUGACCUUUUCCACAGUCCAUGUUGCUGAGUUGUCUGAUUUGGAAUUCCAGUUAAUUGCAAAUUCAACCUUUAUUCUCCUCUUGAAAUUGACAAGUUAUUAUACUAUAUUUAUGCUCUCUUUAGGUUCUAGAAGCAAUUGGCUUUUUAUUUUGUUUUCAUGAAUUUUAUUAUGCAUUAAUAGAUUGGGAUAAUUUUAGCUCAACUUUUAGUUUGUUAGAAGCAAGGAUAGAAACUCCAGUACUGUAUUAUUUUUAUUUAAGUGCUGCUUGUAUCUGUUAUUAUGAAUCCUAACAGAAUAUAACAUAUAUUUAUUCCACAAAAUAUAUAUUAUCAGAGUGCAUUUGUUACAAUUUAGGUUCCUUUCUUACCAGGUGUUAUGAAUCUGGUAAAGGAAUACUAGCAAAGAACCUAGCUUCAUGAACUGAUCCUCCUAUGAUAUACAUAUAUAUAAAACACCACUCUCCAUAUUUUUUGUUAAGUUUUCUAUUUUGUGAUUGGUAAACUCUGGAGAAAUCUAAAUUCUACUAACACUGAUGUGCUGUCAUAGAAGUCUGUUUGAUAUUUUAAAGCUUAGAGCUUUACAAAGCUAAAUUAUAAUAUAUAUAUGCAUAUUAUUCAAGUACUUAUAUCACAUACAGUUUAGAUUAACUUCCCCAAAUAUAAACUAGAUAUUUAUGGCACUCUAAGUUUUAAAUAUAUAUAUAUAUAUUAUUAUUCUUAAAAUUGGGCAUAUGGAAACCAGUGAUAUCAAUAUUAUGAAUGACAGAUGCUGACUUCCUCUAGAGGGAAAGACACCUAUUUUAUUACACAUAUUUCUGUAAAUAAAUAGACAAUGAGAUAUCUAUUAUUCACCAAGAAAUAAUCUAUUAGAACCACCUAUACAGAUGAUAAUUUUAGACUUAUGAUAAAUUUAGGCAUCUGAGUCUGAUUUUACUUUAGGGAAUGAAUAAGAAGCAAUAAUAAUUUGGGCACUUGAACACCUUAAGCACAAAAAUAUACCCGAAAAAAAUAACUGCCCAGUUAAAACAUUCUAAAUUGAUCAUGAAAACUGAGGCAAGUAUUUGAAUAUUUUCUUUUCUCUAAUACAAUUAUUGAUUUCCCAAGAUACAAUAAAUUUGACAUUUCAAAUAGCCCCCCAAAAUAGAAAUUUGUAAAGCUCAGUUUUGUGACUGUUUUCUCAAAAAUAAAAUAAGGCCAUUCAGAGAUA